CAUUCAAACUCUGGAUGAACUUAGUAAAAAAUAUUGUGUUUCAAGAGAAAGAAUAAGGCAGUUGGCUGAGCAGGCGAUGGCUAAGGCGCUUUUGCAUCGGUUAGUGAUGUACAAUUGAAGGAAAAAUAUAAAGAUUGGCUCGUGUAUACUGCAUUGGAAGAUGGAGAGAAAGUAUGUUAUAUUGUAUCCUAUCCUAAAAAAAAAAGCGAAUAUUAUACAACCAAUCGCAAGCCGUAUGUAAUGGUUAGUUAUGUUGAUAAAAAAGCAGAUGAGGUAAGCGUUACCUCUGGUUUUCAGUAUGAUAAGGAGCCUGUAGCUCUCAAUAUCGACAAAAAAAUUAAAUAUACACUGCCCAUAAUACAGGGAAGUUUUGCGUGGGCAGAGCAUACAAAAAUAGAUCAAGAUCUCAUUCUAAAAAUGAAGCAGGGAUUAUCAAUGGUAGUUAAUGGAAAAACAAAAACAGUGACCAUUGAUGAUACUUAUUCCCUACUUGGUUUUCAAAAAGCGUAUCAAAAAAUGCAUGAUUUAUGCCAUACAAAGUAAAUUAUUGUAACAGAAUACCCAGCUAUAGUAUAAACUAGACUACUCUUUCAAUGGAAAUAUAAAUAGCACUUUACUUUAUAUGGGAUGUGGAUAUCAUUUAAAAUAUAUUUUUGAGAGUUAGCAAUGUCAGAGGUUGCAGGUGUAGAUACAGAAAUCAAAAAGCAAAAUUCUGUGUGCGAGCAGAUGCGUUUUAGCGUGAGCCGCACAAGUCUUUUAAAUACAUUAUCCAGAGUAAGUGGAGUGGUUGAAAGGCGUAAUUCAAUAGAUGUUUUGGCGUGUAUAAAUAUCAAAGCACAACACGGCAGCAUAAAAUUAAUGGCAACUGAUCUUGACAUUUCAAUGUUUGCCUCACUUGCUGCAACCGUAUUAACAGAAGGAGAAGUAAAAAUUUCAGCGCAUACUUUACAUGACAUAGUGAAGAAGUUACCCGCUGAUUUGGAUGUCAAUUUUGAAGUAAACAACCAAGGAAAAUUAUUGAUGUCUUGCGGAAAUGCAAACUUUUCUUUACCGAAUGUAGUUUCAAGCAGCUUUCCUGCUCUUGAAGAAGACAAUUAUAAACAUGAUUUUAUUCUACUAAAUACGGACCUGAUAGACUUAUUAACUAAAACAAAAUUUGCUGUAUCACUAGAUGAUACAAGGUAUAAUUUAAAUGGAAUAUAUCUACAUACAGAUGAGCAGUUUCUGUACUGCGUUGCAACUGAUGGCCAUCGUUUAUCAUGUAUAAAGAGGCCAAAGCCUGGGAACAUCAAUGGCGAAUUUGGUGUGAUCAUUCCACGUAAAACUGUUAUGGAGCUGUUAAAAAUAUUGGACGAUUGUAAUGAAAUUAAAGUAAAACUCUCAGACAGAAAAAUCAAGCUUACAUGCGGUGAAUAUAUUCUAAUAUCAAAAUUAAUAGAUGGGACUUUUCCAAAUUAUAAAGCAGUUAUUCCAGCAUCUCAAGAUAAGCAUAUGAUUAUUGAAAGUAAAAAACUUUCAGAUGUUAUAGAUCGAGUUUCCGUUGUUGUAUCUGAUAAAGUAAAAUCUAUUAAAUUCUCACUACAAGAAAAGCUGCUAACUCUGCAUUCAAACUCCCAAGAGUGCAGUGAUGCAACUGAAUCCAUAGAAGUGGACUACAAUGAAGCCCCUAUAGAAAUAGGGUUCAACUCGCGUUAUUUGCUUGAUGUUCUAUCUUGCAUAAAAAAUAAAUGUAAGUUUAGCUUAGCCGAUGGUAAUAGUGCUACAAUUAUCACUGAUGAAGAUGAUUCAAGUGUAUUAUAUGUAGUGAUGCCAAUGAGAACUUAA